UGCUUCAAUUCCAAAACCACUACCAAAAACGUCAUGGACACAUCAGAGCUCGAGCCCUCAAAGCUCGGUACAAAAGAACAUUGGGAUAACAUUUACGAAGAAGAAUUGGAGAACUUCGGUGAAAACGGUGACGAGGGUGAAAUAUGGUUCGGCAAAAAGGCGAUGAAUGAAAUGGUCAAGUGGGCCAAUCAACACGCCCCUGCACGCCCCGAUAUGUCAGUCCUUGAAAUUGGAAGCGGGAACGGUGCACUAUUAUUCGCGCUAGCGGAGGGACGUGGAGAGGCGUGUUAUCCAGCACAUCGACUCCUAGGAAUUGAUUAUAGUGAAGGAGCUGUUCAGCUCGCUCAAUCGGUAGCGCACUCUCGGAAUCUUACGGCCAUUACGUUUAGAGUGUGCGAUUUCCUGCAUGAGGACCCACCGUUGCUCGCAUAUAAUCAGAAAGCUAACCAGAAUGGAGCUUGGGAUCUUAUCCUUGAUAAGGGCACAUACGAUGCCAUCGCGCUGAUGGAGAAGGAUGAGAAUGGAAGGAUCCCAGCAGAAGGUUAUCCGAUGCGUAUCGCGAAGCUCUUGAAUCCAGGCGGGCAUUUUCUAAUUACAUCUUGUAACUUUACCGAAUUCGAGUUACAAUCAAAGUUCAUUACCGAAGAAACCGGCCUGCAGUACCAUUCUCGUAUAGAGCACCCAACUAUUUCAUUCGGCGGGAGCAUCGGGAGUGCAUGUUCUAGUGUGGCAUUUACGAAAUCUGCGUAAUCAAGUAUUGCUAUAUUCUGGGGAUAUGAUCCAUCCCA